ACCGUAACAUUUCUUACAACUGUCAUAAUUACCGUUAAAUAAUACCUCUUUGCUGAUAGGAUUCCCCGAGUAAAUUUUUUCUGCAUGAUUUGUGCAAUGUUUAAAUGUACUUUUCAUCAUUAUUUUAUUUUUACCAAUUUCGUUGUAUAUAAAUUUGUUUUUCUUGUUGAAAAAUGGAUAAUAUGUUUGAAAAAGAAUGCACGUAUUUUGUAAAGUGUUCUUUAUCAUAUCAUUGUUGACUAUACAAGCAACUUUUUUAACCUAUAGUCAAGAUAUAUCUCAGCAGACAAAAUCUAAUCGGAAAAAACGUUUUUUGAUAUUUCCAAAAGGCACAGUAAUACAGCUCGUGUAUUGUUACUUAAUGGCUGCAUUAGGAACUGAAAACAUGUUCACUGUAGGUGCCACGUUGGGAACCAAUUGGGAUGUGCCAGUUGACUUGGAUAAGUUAAUCUUUGACGAAAAAAUGAAAACGAAAGCAACUCGAAGAGAAAAACGAUCACUCUAUCCCAGAAUCGAGUACAUGUUAAAUCAAUUAAAUAUCGAUGGUAAAUCUUGCCUUAAAAACUUACUGUGCCGAUCUAAAGAACGAUUGAGAUCACCAUCGAAUGCACAUAUUCAAAACUCGUUUAUUGAAGAAAUUGUGCACUUGGUUUUUUCAUACCCAGCAUUGCCGGAAGGAUGGUAUGAGCCAGUUGACGAGUACGAUUUUAUACUAGACGAAUGCGAAAAUACAAAAAAUUACGACAAUGACGCAUGUGUCAUAAGAUGAAAUCGCACAGCCUUAUCAUUUUGUGAAUUUUAAUCUUAAGCAAUUGUCCAAGAUUUUAAUAGGUAUAUUUUAUUUUUUCUCACCGAGCAAGGUUAUCCUACAACAGUUCCAUUUUAAUUGUCAUUUAAUGCAUUGUAAAUAUUUAACGCUUAUUUUUUCAUAAGAUAAAAAUUUAAAAAAUCUGUCUAACUGAAGCAUUUA